AAGAUGCAGAGCUCUUCCCCAAACGAUCCGGCUAGAAAUCUAGGAAGCGCUGAUCCAGAGCGCACAGAGACAGCUGUGUUGUUCCUCUAUCGCGGGGCCAGAUAGAGGAGCCGCGGUAUGGCCAGAGUAGUGAGAGAAAGUGCUCUGUUAUACCCAGCAGAAACUGGGUGCUCUCCUGGGCCUAAACUCCCCUCCCGCUCCUUUGCUCGCUUACACCCGGAUCCUUCGUCGCGGGGAGGGUGUUUCCGCCCGGCCGCGGUGGGCGUGACGCAACGUCCAGCGCGCGCUUUUCAUGCCUUGGCGUUUCCUUUGGCGGAGUUUCUGUUUUCAGAAGAUGCUGGGUUCGUUUUAUUCAGCGGCAGUGGUGCUUCCCCGAAUCUCAGAAUGCCUGUUAAAAGAUCACUGAAAUUGGAUGAUCUGUUAGAAGAAAAUUCAUUUGAUCCUUCAAAAAUCACAAGGAAGAAAAGUUUUAUAACUUAUUCUCCAACAACUGGAACUUGUCAAAUGAGUCUGUUUGCUUCUCCCACAAGCUCUGAAGAACAAAAGCACAGAAAUGGACUAUCAAAUGAAAAGAGAAAAAAAUGGAAUCACCCCAGUUUAACUGAAAGCAAAGAAUCGACAACAAAAGACAAUGAUGAAUUGAUGAUGUUGCUAUCUAAAGUUGAGAAAUUGUCAGAAGAAAUCAUGGCGAUAAUGCAAAAUUUAAGUAGUAUACGGGCUUUGGAGGGCAGUAGAGAGCUUGAAAAUCUCAUUGGAAUCUCCUGUGCAUCACGUUUCUUAAAAAAAGAAAUGCAGAAAACCAAAGAACUAAUGACAAAAGUAAUUAAACAAAAACUGUUUGAAAGGAGUUCAGGACUUCCUCACAAACAUACUUCAAUUUUAAAAGCACUGAGGUUUGAAGUUUAGACAUGACGACUUUUAGGAGAAACAACAGAAAUUCCCCCUAUGCUUUAACAUUCUGGAUUUAUCUGGAGAUAAAAAAUGGAGCCAUUAAUUUUGAUAGCACAAAUAUACAUUAAUGUACAACUAUAGUCCUCAGCUCUUUAUAAUGAUUCAGCUAUCAUGUAUGCCAUAUGUGAGUCAUAACCUUUCCUAUUAAUAAUGUUAAUGCUCUUGUUUUACACGAUUUGUCUUUGUUUUGGGGUAUGCAUUUCACCUGCUAAAAAUGCAUACUUGAGAUUUGUCUAGGAUUUAAGUAAAAAUAAACAGGUUUAUUACUUUUCAUAGCCUUUUAAAUAACUUCUUUAAUGAUUUAAAUUUUUUAUACUUUAACAGAAGUAUGAUAAUUUUUCUUUCAAAUAAAAUCAGUAGAAAAAAUUUUAAACUAUAGAUUUGGACUCACUUAAUAGCAAUUAGGUGUUUAAAAGGUGUAAAUAACUUGCUAUCAGACAUUACAAAUAUCCAGGUGCUCUGUAUGUGCUGAUGACAACAAAAUUGAAAAGAAAGACUAUAAUAAUUCUGACUGGUUUUCUCUGCAGAAGAUAUUGAUUAUUUGUGUGUGGUGAGAGAUUUGGAAAAUUCAAUUAAAGGAGUUGUGCAAAGGUUUCAUAAAUUUUCCUUCUACAGCGUGUACACAGACAUUGUUGCGUAUUAAAUCAAUGCAGCACUUCACAAUAUAUUUUCUUUGAAACAUAAAAAUAAAUAACAUUUAAACAGUUCUGCUUACUACAGAAACAAAUUUUAUUUUCUGUGAAGCAUUUAGUCAUGUGCUAUCACUGACUCAUACACAUUUGCCAGCUGUAACAAAUUUUAUAGACAUUUUCCCCAGAGACAUAUCUCACAUACUAUGAAUUUUUAAAUGAGCAAAUGGUGAAGAAGGGAUGUCAGCAAUAUAAAAAUUGAUCAGUUAAAAGAUAAAAGCAUAAGUAAAGAGAUUUGUAUGGUAGUCUUAAUAGGUUUUAUUAAAUAAAAAUACUAUAAAAAGACAGUAAUGAAUAGACUGAAGACUGUUCU